AUGAACUUAUUAAAAUAUCUAUCUCACACAACCUCAACAUUAAAACUCGCUCUCCACAGACAGGAAGAAAUACUGAAAAAUAAUCCGGGAAAGAAUAAAUUACUUCUAAUUGUGAUACAGGAAAGACAACUUUUGAUUCGAAAUACCAUUUUGAAACUUAAAGAGCCAAAGGGUGUUGUCCAUUUUGAGCGUCCAGCAGGUGUGAAUGAUUUUACAAAAAUAUUGGCAACCCGACUGGAUU